UGGAGGAAAGGAAGCACCUGCUUGGUUGGAGAUAAUAUAGAGAUAUAGAAAUACAUAUAUACAUAUAGGGAGAGAAAUCUCCACCAACUUCAACCUGCUUUCUCGCAACUCCUCGGUGUGGAUUAUCGGGCAGGAAAAAACAGCAGCAGCACCUCUUUCCCUUCCUCUCCGCGGGGACCGACUGAACUUCGGGCGGAGAAGGGAGGAAAGGCCAAACACGUGUGGGGACGCCGCGGCUGCUCGGAAGACCCGCUUCGUCCCGGGGCCGGCUGGUCCUCUCGAAGGCGUGGAGGAGGGCACAAGGCGAAGAGAAGGUUCCAAAGAGCCCCCCCAGCGCGCCACGAUGUUCCCCAGGCUGUUUGGACAGUGGAGUUUCCUGGUCUUCAUGCUCAGCUACGGAGCCCCCUCCACGGGCAGGUCGCUGGAAGGGAACCUCCGCAGAAUCAAAAGAACCGUCUCAGAAUAUCAGCUGCUGCAUGACAAAAGCAGGUCCAUGGCAGAUAUGCGCAGGCGAAACUUCCUGCAAAAUUUGAUGGAAGGGGUUAACACGGCUGAGAUCCGAGCCAUGUCCGAGGCGUCCCCUAACCCUAAACCUUCCACCAUCGCAAAGAACUACCCAGUGAAGUUCGGCAAUGAUGAUGAGGGCAAACACCUGACUCAGGAGACCAACAAAGCCCAGCCGUACAAAGAGCAGCCCCUUAAGACACCGGGGAAAAAGAAGAAAGGGAAGGCCGGGAAACGUAAGGAGCAGGAGAAGAAGAAAAGGAGAGUUCGCUCGGCCUGGCCCAGCUCGAGGGGGUCAGGCAGUGGAAUGGCAUGGAUCCCUCUCUUGGACAUCUUUGAUACUACACACAUCAACGCAAGGAGGCGCUGACAUCUUCGGCUGAGGUCUUUGGAAAACACAUCGCAGUAUUCUGUAAUACUGAACAUAUGGAAAGUAUUAGAAGUAUUUAUUAUCUGUAAAUACUGUAAAUAUAUCAGACUCAACCGUUGGGGCCCCGAUGCUUUCCAAAGCUGCACAUUUGAACAUUGUGAAUAUUGUUUUUAUUUUGUGCUAAGACAAUUCUUGUUGUCACAAUUACCAUAAUUUAUUUUGUUGAAUGAUGUAUUUAUUUUCAUGAACUUGUAUUCUGGUGCUGCUGACUUUCUAUAAAAAAUUUUUUUGUAACAUGCACUUUAGAUAUACUUUUUUGAGUAUGUGGAUACAAAAAUAAACAAACGAUUCCAGUUUUUUGGUUGAUUUUAA